AUGUGGAGUCUCUGGUUUGCCGUCACGCUACUUGCCAACUUGGCAGCAGCAUUGCAUCUCGAAGUGUUUGCUACUCCAAGACCCGAACCCGUCUGUAUCCGUGACUUUGUUGGACAAAACCAGCUUGUUGUACUCAAUCUCAAAUCCUCCGGUUACCAAGGUGACGGUCAAAGAUUGAUGGUCACUGUGGUCGACACCAUGGGCAACCAAUUCGCCAAGAAGAACGACAUCGUCAAGGAUACCCGUAUUUCGUUCACUACCCACGAAUCCACCGCAGUUGACAUCUGCUUCUCCAACGUCAUGGUCAGAGAGGGUAGUCCACACAUGUCCAGAGAAAUUGAGUUGGAUGUCGAGAGUGGUGCCGGUGCUAGAGACUGGAAUGCAUUGCAGGCUGCUGAGAAAUUGAAGCCUGCCGAGGUGGACUUGCAGAAGAUUCACGAGUUGACCAGAGAGAUCAACUACGAAUUGCACUACUUGAAGGCCAGAGAGGAGAGAAUGAGAAACACCAACGAGAGCACCAACGACAGAGUCAAGUACUUCUCUAUUUUGGUGAUUCUCGCGCUUGUGGGCUUGGGUGUGUGGCAGAUUCUGUACUUGAGACACUACUUCAAGGUCAAGCACAUCAUCUAA